GUUGUGACCUUGCGGCUCACACAGCCCAGAGCUGCACUCGCAGUGAAACGCUCCGGGCAGCGCAGCAGAGUAACCGGAGAGCCGCCAAUUCAGAGCUGGACUGGCUGCUUACAAAAACUCCUAUUUCCAUAGGACGCAACAUUUAAGAAGGGAUUGGACAGCUAGAGACGACGGAGAGCCACAUAGCCCGCACAAACAGCCGGCAUAUGCUCCAUUGUUAUUGCCCUGCGGCUCAAUCAUUUUUACAUUUUACAGCCCGGGACGACCUACGGACUCAUCGCGUUAUAAGGGACAUUAAUCAUAUUUUUCAUUCAUAAUUCCCAUAUUUGCAUUCCUAGACUAGUAGGAGUCACCGGGUAUCUCCUGGAUAUCCCUCAGUUCUUUGGAUUAGCGGCUCUUGCUGGAGGACUCGCCUUUCGCUCCGUUUCAGAGCCGAAGCAGAAGCAGGGUGAAGCGGACUUUGCGCAGAGCUCCGAGGAUCAGCGAGGUGCUGCUCUAUUGAUCUGGAUGUAUUCAUAGUUCAGCCACCGUCUGCAUCCUGGCAAACAAAACAUAUCGCCAAACUAUCACAGAGCAUCGUGAAGGAUAGACCUUAAUGGGGCUCCUAAUUCUUUUGGAAGAGAAAUAGAUCGUCUCUUACCUAAUCAAACUGAAGAACGGAUUGAGCAUUUAAAGAUCGAAACAGGUGACGAAUUACUGAGAGGGUAACGUGAGUCUGCCAAUGACGACGGAGGUCCCCGAGGCCAGCUGAAGGCUAACGCACUCCACCCAUCCCCACGUCCCUUGGCUACGAAACAGAGAUGCAAACGCUUCACGGCAUCGGCGUCCCCUGCAGCCUGUGUGUUUUAAUCCUCUGUCUUGCUGACGGACUGUUGGGCAAAUCCGUCGAUUCAGAGGAGCCCAGGGCAAAAGGGCCCAGGUUCCUGCGUCCGCUGCUCCAGCCAGGAUACCCAGAAAAUGCUACGGUCACCAGGGGUGGGCAGGUGAAACUGGAGUGUAAAGUGUACAGGUCAGCAGCCACGCGCGUCCAGUGGCUCCGGAGGGUGCCGGACCCCAGCGGCCUGCCGCACCUCAAGGCUCUGACGCCUCUGCAGAGCAACCGCUCCAGGGUCAGUGUUCUGACACUGGAUAACGUCACCGCAGAGGAUGCGGGCGAGUACAUCUGCCAGGCAACGAACUCUGUAGGACAGCUCUCCCAGUCGGCCUGGGUGGAAGUCUUAUCUGAACCAGAACCUCUGUGUGAGCCGACACCGGAAAGUAAAACUGCAGCAGUCAACACAGAAGAUGAUGCUGAAGAGAUGACAGAGCACCUCCUCCUGGAGCCAGGGGACGUGCUAAAGCUGCGCUGUGACACCAACCGGCCUGGCGGAGUCCACUGGUACAAGGGCAAUGACCGGGUCCUGAACAAUGCCCGCAUCCACAUCCGCCCCGGCAUCAUGGAGGUCACCGACGUCACCUAUGAGGACUCGGGCCUAUAUGUUUGUGUGCUGAGGGGCAGUGGCGAGACCCUACGCAACUUCACCAUUACCGUCACCGACUCUAUAGGAUCCGGUGACGAUGAUGAAGACAACGGUUUUGAAGACGCGUCGACUGAGACUGAGAACGAGCAAGUCUUCUUCACGAGAGGCCCACAUUGGAUCCACACACAGCGUAUGGAGAAGAAACUGCAUGCUGUCCCUGCCGGCAACACGGUCAAGUUCCGCUGCCCAGCUGCAGGGAGCCCUGUACCCACGAUCCGGUGGCUGAAGAACGGGAGGGAGUUCAGGGGGGAGCAUCGCAUUGGGGGCAUCAAGCUGCGACACCAGCACUGGAGCCUGGUGAUGGAGAGCGUGGUUCCGUCGGACCGGGGCAACUACACGUGUGUGGUAGAAAACAAGUACGGUUCCAUCUCCCACAGCUACCUCCUGGAUGUUCUGGAGCGCUCCCCCCACCGGCCCAUCCUUCAGGCAGGACUGCCAGCCAACACCACUGUGGUGGUGGGCAGUGACGUGCAGUUCCUCUGCAAGGUCUACAGUGAUGCCCAGCCACACAUCCAGUGGCUGAAGCAUAUUGAGAAGAACGGCAGCCGCUAUGGUCCUGAUGGUUUCCCUUACGUGCAGAUCUUGAAGACGGGCAGUCUGAAUACAUCAGAGGUGGAGGCUCUCUACCUGACCAACGUCACCAUGGAAGAUGCAGGAGAGUACACCUGCCUGGCCGGGAAUUCCAUUGGCUACUCUUACCAGUCGGCUUGGCUCACUGUCCUCUCAGAGGAGGAAGCAGCUGAGGAGGUGGACACAAUGGAGACUAAGUACACGGACAUCAUCAUCUAUGCCUCCGGCUUCCUGGCCCUGCUCAUGGCUAUCGUCAUUGUGGUGCUGUGCCGGAUGCAGGCCACUGCCAGCAGAGAACCGUUCGAUGUCCUUCCCGUCCAGAAGCUCUCUAAGUUCCCCCUACGCAGACAGUACUCUGUGGAGUCCAACUCGUCUGGAAAGUCCAGUGCUUCUUUGAUGCGGGUAGCACGCCUGUCCUCAAGCUGUUCCCCCAUGCUGGCUGGGGUCAUGGAGUUUGAGCUGCCCUUUGACCCCGACUGGGAGUUCCCCAGGGAGAACCUGACUUUGGGAAAGCCCCUUGGAGAGGGUUGCUUCGGCCAGGUGGUGAGGGCGGAGGCCUACGGAAUCAACAAGGAGAAUCCGGAUCAGACGUCUACUGUGGCGGUCAAGAUGUUGAAAGAUGACGCCACAGACAAAGACCUGGCGGAUUUGAUCUCAGAGAUGGAGCUGAUGAAAAUCAUGGACAAGCACAAGAACAUCAUCAACCUCCUGGGCGUGUGCACGCAGGAUGGCCCACUUUAUGUCCUGGUUGAGUACGCCUCCAAGGGCAGCUUGCGCGAGUACCUGCGGGCGCGCCGCCCCCCCGGCAUGGACUACACCUUUGACGUCACUAAAGUUCCCGAGGAACAGCUCACCUUCAAGGACCUGAUCUCUUGUGCCUACCAAGUGGCACGAGGCAUGGAGUACCUAGCCUCCAAGAGGUGCAUCCACAGAGACUUGGCGGCGAGGAACGUUCUGGUUACCGACGACAACGUCAUGAAGAUCGCGGAUUUCGGCCUGGCGAGAGGCGUGCACCAAAUCGAUUACUAUAAGAAAACCACCAACGGCCGCCUGCCAGUGAAAUGGAUGGCACCAGAGGCCUUGUUUGACAGAGUCUACACACACCAGAGCGACGUGUGGUCCUUUGGCGUCUUGAUGUGGGAGAUCUUCACCCUGGGGGGAUCGCCUUACCCCGGCAUUCCCGUGGAAGAGCUCUUCAAGCUGCUGAAGGAGGGCCAUCGGAUGGACAAGCCCUCCAACUGCACGCAUGAUCUCUACAUGAUGAUGAGGGAAUGCUGGCACGCGGUUCCCUCCCAGAGGCCCACCUUCAAACAGCUGGUGGAGGAGCUGGACCGAGUGCUCUUGUCUGUCUCAGAUGAGUACCUGGACCUCUCGACGCCGUUCGAGCAGUACUCCCCAUCUUGUGAGGACACCUCCAGCUCCUGUUCCUCGGACAAUGACUCAGUCUUUACCCACGACGCUCUGUCCACAGACCCCUGCCUCCUCGGCUACCACGACGUGCACUCCAGGAUAAAGACCUGAAAAGGGUCACCCCUGUCAGCAGGCGGCCGGCGUGGGU